ACACAUAACUUAAUAUACCUAAAACGUAAUGGGCCGAAGAAAAAGUAAGCGAAAACCUCCAAGUAAAAAGAAAGCUAUUCAACCAUUAGAUACACAAUUUAAUUGUCCAUUUUGCAAUCAUGAAAAAUCAUGUGAGGUUAAGAUGGAUAAAUCAAGAAAUACAGCAAGAAUUACUUGUAGAGUCUGUUUGGAAGACUUUCAAACUACAAUUAAUUUACUUUCAGAACCUUUGGAUGUGUAUAAUGAUUGGAUUGAUGCAUGUGAAAAUGCAAAUUGAAGUUUAUUAUCACUAAAUUUGAUUACUUCAAUGCUAACAAACUUUGUUUCCUUCACCAAAUUGUCAACAUUGUACAAUAUAAGUUAAUAUCAAAUUCUGUGCAAUGUAUGAAUAGUUAGUUUGCACUAUCUAUUUUAUCAAUGAAAGACACGUAUACACAUGUAUACACAUAUGUUUAGAGUAAUGGAAUUUAUUAAACAUCCUAUUACAUUA